GGAACUACAGACCAAUCGCUGAGGGGAAGAGGCGUUUCCGUUCCUAUUUCUUGUACGUUCACUCUGUCGCUGGUCUUGUCUGACGCAGCUAGUUCCUCUGCGGUCGGUUCUCAAGGAGUCGUCAAGGAUAAAGCGGCAAAAUGUCUAAAGAGGUUCCACGUGAGCCGGAGCAGCUCCGCAAGCUGUUCAUCGGAGGCCUGAGCUUCGAGACAACAGACGAGAGCCUACGGGCUCAUUUUGAACAAUGGGGCAGCCUUACAGAUUGCGUGGUUAUGAGAGACCCAAACAGCAAGAGAUCCAGGGGGUUUGGCUUCGUCACCUACUCGUCAGUGCAGGAGGUCGAUGCCUCCAUGUCCGCUCGUCCACACAAGGUGGAUGGAAGAGUGGUGGAGCCUAAGCGAGCUGUUUCCAGAGAGGACUCCAACCGCCCAGGCGCUCACAUAACUGUGAAGAAAAUCUUUGUUGGAGGCAUAAAAGAAGACACAGAAGAAUCUCAUUUGAGGGAUUACUUCCAGCAGUUUGGCAAAAUUGAGGUCAUUGACAUCAUGACUGACCGUAACACUGGAAAGAAGAGAGGCUUCGCCUUUGUCAGCUUUGAUGACCAUGAUUCAGUUGACAGGAUUGUCAUCCAGAAAUACCACACAAUCAACUCGCACAACUGUGAAGUGAGGAAGGCCCUCACCAAGCAGGAAAUGCAAAGUGUGGGCAUGGGAUCGAGAGGAGGCCGUAACACCGGGGGAAGGCCAUAUGAUUACGACAGAGGCUUCAACCAAGGUGGCAGGGGUGGUCGAUAUGGCGAUGGUCCGUACAAUUGCAAUGGGGGUGAUGGAGGAGGUUAUGGCGGUGGUCCUGGCAGUCCUGGAGGCUACAACCAAGGUGGAAACCGUGGUUAUAAUCAGGGUGGCUACAACCAAGGUGGUGGAGGAGGAGGCGGUGGCGGUGGAUAUGGAGGAAAUGGUUAUGACAACAAUGGUUACGGUAAUUGUGGUGGCGGCGGGGGUGGAGGUGGUAACAACUACAACAACAUGGGCCACUACGACCCCCAGGCCUCUAACUUUGGGCCGAUGAAGAAUAACUUCGGCGGCGGCGGUGGUGGCGGCGGCGGCAGGAACUUUGGUGGAGGUGGCUAUGGUGGUGGCUCAAACAAUCCUGGAGGCUAUGGCCGCCCAGGGCGAUUUUGAAAUGAGAAGGGGACUGAGUACUUAGGAGAGGAGAGCAGAGCAAGGAGAGGAGAGCAAGCGAAGUGACAGGGCAGCUGCAGGUUUACCUCCUAAAUCUGCUCAGCCAAACAGUUGUGGCAGGUUACAGCUGCUACGAGAAGAGAUGUACAGUAGAUAAAUCAUGGAGGGCCUUCAUUUAAACUUUGUACUAUUGUUUUUUUCUUGAUGUUAUCUUUUCUGGAAAGCAAGCAUUCCAUUAAGGGUUUUAUGUUUAUCUUUUAUGUCUGGUUUUUAUUUGUACCUGCAUCAAUUCAAUCUGAAAUAAACCACCUUUCAGUUUUUUUAA